AUUACUUUGCGUGAACUUUGUGUUGGGAGGUUUGUUUAUUCGUGUUUCCUUAUUCUUCAGUUUGCCAUGUGUUGUUGUCGUAUUUUGGUAACCUGACGGCWUUAUACAAUAAACCGUUGGAUGAUUAAGAAUUUAGCGUUGCGAAGCUUUCGAAGCAACUGCAUCAAUUACAGAAAGUUCUGUUUACCAACUGCAGUGAUCAUGGCGGAACGAACGUACGAGGAUGCUGUAAAAGCGCUCAACAGCUUACAAACUAAUGCACAAGUGCUAGCUGAAAUCAGGAAGACGAGAGGAAGACGUGCAAGAGAUAACCUGGAAGAAAUGAGGAAUUUUACAAAGCGAGCUGGGGUAACGAUGGAGAUGCUUGACAAGCUGUCUGUCAUUCAUGUCAGUGGAACGAAAGGCAAGUUCACCACAUCUGAUUGAAGUAAGGGAAAGAAUUAGACUCAAUGGAAGGCCUCUAAGCAAGGAUCUAUUUACCAAAUACUUCUUUGACUGUUGGGACAAUCUUCAAGCCACAGCGGAUGAUCAUCACAGUUCUAAAAUGCCAGCAUACUUCAGAUUCUUGACGCUUAUGUCAUUUUAUGUAUUUUUGAAAGAAAAGGUUGAUGUUGCUGUAGUAGAGGUUGGAAUUGGUGGUGCAUAUGAUUCAACUAACAUCAUCAGAAAACCUGUAGUCUGUGGUGUGACUUCACUAGGAAUGGAUCAUGUUGAAACUCUUGGUGGCACAUUAGAAAGCAUUGCUUGGCAAAAAGCUGGCAUUUUUAAGCUUGGUGUUCCUGCAUUUACUGUUGAACAAGAAGAGAGUGCCCUUGAUGUAAUACGAGAAAGAGCAAGGGAAAUCAAAAACUCAGUGCAUGUGAUUCCAAGACUGGAGAGUUACCCUGGACCUCUACCUGUUUUAGGAGUAUCUGGUAAACAUCAACAUGUGAAUGCAUCUAUGGCUUUACAGUUAUCAUAUACAUGGCUACAGAAUAGGAAACAAGUUAAUAACUCCAAUAACAACCCUCAAGUAGAUGAAGAACCAAUUCCAAAAAGACCAAGACAUAUAGACUCAUUAGUUGCGCCAACCUUUGAAAUUACAGACGAAAUGAGGAAAGGUUUAGAAAGUGCAGUGUGGCGAGGAAGAACUGAGACUAUCAAGCGACCAAGUAUAACAUUCUACCUUGACGGUGCACAUACACCUAGAAGCAUGGAGGCAUGUGUAGAGUGGUUCAAACAGCAAGCAGAUAAGGAAGUAGCAGAUACAAAUGGUCCUGUUGCCCGUAUUCUGUUGUUUAAUCUGACUGGAGGACGAGAUCCACAUGGCUUACUAAGGCCGUUAAUUAAUCUCAAGUUCGAUCAUGCUGUAUUUUCUCCAAAUGCUGUCAACAUGGACAAAGUAGAUAGUUCAGAUUUAAGCAACUUUACCGUCACGCGUGAUAGCCAGUUGCGAUGGUGCGUUGAAAAUCAACGUGUGUGGAUGGCGUUACGUGGUGCUGGUUUUCAGGCCCACGCGUCUCUAGAUGAUGAUCACGUGAUUAAAAAUGGACACGACGACGGUGAAUACUCGGCCAUCUUUCCAUGUGUAGCACAAGCAAUCCGAUGGAUCGCUGCUGGUCGAGACCCAUUGAUUCCUACGAUUGCUAACGGUAGCUUAGAGUAUCCUGAGAGUGUUGUUAAUGCUGCUCGUGUACAGGUUUUAGUUGCAGGGAGUUUACAUUUAGUAGGAACUGUCAUGAAAGUUCUUGGCACGGAAAUCACUGGUGAGAUUUAGUACUCCUCCCCAGGCUCUUCAUGUAAUUAUUUAUCCACUGUAUGUCGUCAUUUCUAAAUACAGUCAAUCCCAACGUCGUUUACUUGACGUAAAGACAACAACAAAGUCAUUUGCAAUAAAUAUAGAUUAUCAGAUAGAAUUGUAAUUAUAAGCUUUAGAGUGAUAAAUAUAGAAUUCAAUGUUUAUAGACCUCUGCAGCUUUUACGUCAUGUACCGUAUACGCAAUGCAUUGUAGGAUAUGUUUGGGACAGAAAAUGGCAGAUUUCUUUUGUUUUAUCUUGAAACCGAAYCCACAAUGCAUUGCAAAUCAAGUAGUGACGUAAAAGGUUCAGAAGUCUAUUGACAAAGAAGUCACUUGGACUUAUUAUGUAGAAUAUUUUUGAAAAGAAAUUAAAAAAUAAGAUAUAUGCAAACUAUUUACUCUUUACGUCUUUACAACUGAACAACAUUGCUGGGAUUGACUGUAUAAGAUCUUUACAAUCUACACCACACCACAGAGACAUUUAGUACUAUACUUAAGACACUUAGAACAUAUUUGAAUUAUUUUUUAUCAUUGUUUGCAAGAAAAUUAAAUAAACUAAACAUAAUAAUUAGAGAAUUAGCAAAAUACAUGUAAGAAAUUCCUCAGCCUAUGUACAGUUAAAUUGCUGAUAUUACACGGAGCCUAGUGUUUACGCCGCGUCCUUUUGCUCACUUUGGAAGUACCAAAGACCCCUACUAAAAAAAUCACUUACAUUGGUACAACAAAAUUUUAAAUUUACAGCCAAUUUAGUAUAGUUUUUCAUUACAAACGUUGAGGGUUGGAUUAUAUUGUAGUUGCUUUACUUUUUCAUAGUGAUCUGUUGGGGACUGGAAACCAACACGGUAUCGCCCCACGUAUCAACAAGCAAUAGCACUCGUUAUAUGUUUACGUACAGUACAUGAAAAUAAUUGUCGGUUUGUUGUAAAUAGUGUUCUAUGGAAUAAAAUGAAUAAAGUUUUUUACUCGCA